AUGCCGGCCUCCAAGUCUAGCACUCCCGCAGGAGUCAGGAGCGGUCCUGCUGCCCCUCCAACUUCCACUUCUGGCCAAGGUUCUCAACCUGGAACUCCCACAGGAUCCCGGAGUGGUCCUGCCAACCCACCCAUCAGCUCUCCGACAAAUAAAAUGCAGCGGCUUAGCGUCGGUGUCAAACUACCCAGGCCUUCAGGUCCUGGCAAGCGCGGCGAGAAGCUACUUGUCUCUAUCAACUACUUUCCCAUUAACCCCAGCAACACACCUGAGCAGAUCUACAAAUGGGCAGUAGAAAUUCGUCGCUUGCCUGCCGGCCAAAGCCACCCACCCAUCAGCGCCCGGCUUAUCCGCCGAAUUAUAGAACUCUUGCUCCAGCGGUUAGAGUAUGCUCGUGGAGUUUAUUCCAACUUCACGAACACUUUGUGGUCUUUCGGUCCUCUAACCUCUGGCCGAGGGGUAUCUACUAUUGUCACGGUCGACUACUAUGAGCGCGAGGAAAGUGGUCCUCGAUCAGGUAACGAGCAGAUUCUCUAUCAAGUUAGAAUCACAUCGGCUGCUCUUCCGUUACGAACACAGCCUUUGGUGGAGCUCUUCAAAGAUCCCAGCAGUAACACGGUUCUUGAGCGUGAGGAUGAGUAUGAUGAGGCUCUGAACAACAUCAUCCUCCGGUUUCCCGCCCUUCACCCUCGUCUUACGACUGCUGCACGCGGCACCAAGAUUUUCCCACUCGAGUUCAACUUCCCGGAUGUUGCAGGGGCGCCUGCAAAACGACAGGCACUCGGUGGAGGCCUCUCAGCUUAUCGUGGCUACAUUCGCAGAAUCAAGAUCAUCCAGGGUGGCUUGGUCCUUGCUGUCAACACAACAGCCGGCGUAAUGUACAACGACAACCGAGCCAGCGAGCUUAUCUCAACCUGGCGAGCAAGCAACCAAGGAAGCCUCCCGGAACUGAGCCAGUUCUUGAAAGGCGUCAGGGUGCAAGGUCUAUUUGGCUCGAAACGAGUCAAGCCAAUACUCUCGGUUCACCACAGAGAUGCCGAUAAUGCGAAAUUUCGACUGGACACGCAUCCAAAAACUGGUGCUGUAGUGAACCGUGAUGUUACUGUCAAGUGGUGGUUUUAUGAGGCUUAUGGAAUCAACGUUUCACCCACUUGCAUGGUCUUGAAUGUUGGAGGCGCCCAGAGAGCUCUAUUCUGGCCUGCAGAGCUGUGUAUGGUACUCCCCGGCCAGUCCUACAAGAAGUUCCUGGCGUUGCCAGAGCAAACUCAGUCUAUGAUCAAGUUUGCGUGCAGAACGCCGACUCAGAACAGCUCACUCAUACUGGGAGAGGGCCUGCAGAUGCUAGGUGUACAGCAGCAGCAGGGUUCUAUAGGCACCAUUGAUGGCACUCCCUUGAGAUUACGAGCUGCCAUGCUGCUUGUGCCCGGACGGCGCAUACCUUCACCUGCUCUCAAAUUCAGAAACAAGUCUACUAUCAACAGUCGUGAGACUUCGAGCGGCCAAUGGAGUAUCGCCAACAAGCUAUUCCUUAGGGCGCCACUGAAAUGCCCCAAGUAUAUGGUCAUGGUGUUGAAGCGAAGUCGAGAACCACCCAUCAGCAAUUUGAAGGCCUUUGAGAGGCAGAUCAAGGAGGAAAUAGAGAAACACUGUGGGUCAAGCCAGCCGGCAGUACAAGUGCAGAAUUGCAACGUCCUUGACUGGCCUGAUCAAGAUCAGCUGGGGUGGUUGCGAACUGUCUUCAAGCACUGCCUGAGCCAGGGGGUGGAAUACUGCUUCAUUGUUCCAUCAGCUCGCCAAUGGUACCACACGAUCAAGCUAGCUGGAGACACUGUGGGCAUGCAAAGCACCGUAUCUAUGCGGAAGAAGGAUGGGUCUGUGAAAGCCAGCUCACAGGAAGUUGUCAACCUUAUCCUGAAAUGGAACAUGAAGUCGAUGGGCUUGAACUUUGGAUUGGCUGCUCCCGCCGACUUCGAAAAUAUCAUCGGCGGUAACACUAUGGUUCUGGGUUUGGAUAUUGCUCAUCCUCCCCCUGGCCACAUGAAAGGGGCACCCAGUAUCGCUGGUUUGGUGCACAGUAUUGAUCGUUCCCCAGGACAAUUUCCUGGGGUCCUCCAGCUGCUAAAUACCGACCCAGGAAAAGAGUCCCGAGAGGUUGUUCCCCAAGCCAUCCUCCGGGCUAUGGUCCUUACGGCUCUUAAGCGCUGGUUCUCGCGCAACAAGUGUCUACCAACAGUGCUGUUCAUGUGCAGGGAUGGUGUUUCAGAGACACAGCUACAACAGGUCCUGGACAGCGAGCUGAGCGGCAUGAAGCAAGCAGUUCGUGAAGCCUACGCUGGUGUUUCAGAGCCGAGAAUCUUCAUUUUGAACACCCAAAAGCGCCACCCAACCAGGUUUUUCAAGUCGCCAGAUGAUAAGCGAGGCUCGGCCUUCGACAAGAACUCGAAUCCGUUGCCAGGGCUUAUUGUCGAUGAAAAGGCUGUCUCGCGCAACAAGGAUGACUGGUACGCCGUGAGCCAUAAGACAUUGCAAGGCACUUGUCGUCCCGCCCAUCACGUUCGGUUGUGGGACGAGGUACAGCUGUCCAAAGACGAUCUAGAGCAACUGGUGCACAACCUCUCUUUCAUUUUCCCUAGAUCAGUCACCAGCACGGGCAUCCCGGCACCGGCGAAGCUCGCUGACGUGCUCUGCCACCGUGGCAAGGAACUCCUCCACGAUGUCUACUAUCCAGAGGAUCCCACUCAAGUGUAUUCCAUUCACGAUGGCUGGUUUAAGGGCCAGCAAGACCUCCAUCCGAACAUCCGGGACACGAUGUAUUACAUUUGA